AUGCCGAAACGCACACUCGAAGAUGCUGAGCUGGUCAAUGGCGGCCAGCCGGUAGUAGAAUCUACUCCCGCGUCGAAGAAGAGUCGAAAGGAGAAAAAGCAACGUGCUAACGAGACUGUCGCACAAGAUGUGCCUACAACAAACGGGGCCGAGAAGGAGGAAACAAAGGAGGAGCGGAAGGAGAGGAAGCGAUUGAAGAAGCUAAAGAAACUCGAGAAAGAAGAAGCCCAAAAGAACACCGAGGCCGAGAGCUCUGAAACACUCGACACGACACCGACAUCCAAUACUGAAGCGGUGGACGAGAAGGCCGCGAAGAAGGCGGAGAAGGCGAGACUGAAGGCAUUGAAGAAGGCUAAGAAGCAAGAGGAAAAACAGGAGGAGAAGCAGGACAAACAGGAGAAGCAGCCCUCGACCGAGAAGAUUGAUACGCCAACAGCCGCCUCUGUCUCGACUUCGGUCCCGAACAAUAACUCCGACAGCUCAUACACCGAGGAUCCCAACUUGACGGCUCUUCCACAGGCGGAGAUUGAUAAAUUUCUCGCAGAUAACUUCAUUACAAUUGCCGACCCCCAAUCUACUUCCGCAACUCUUCGGCCUAUAACGAGUUUCGCGUAUUUGCCAAUCACUGAUGAGUCCCAGCGGGCUCCUUUCAAGGCAUUCAAGGCGCCGACCCCAAUUCAAGCUGCCUCAUGGCCGUUCUUAUUAUCGGGCAGAGACGUGAUAGGAGUAGCAGAGACAGGUUCCGGGAAAACGAUGGCCUUCGCCGUACCUUGCGUUCGUGCCAUAUCGACACUGCCGAAGAAGCAGAAGAAUACAGGUCCUAGAGCGGUCAUCGUGUCCCCGACCCGGGAACUGGCAAUGCAAAGCUACGAACAAAUCAUGAACCUUGCUAAGGCUUCAGGCUUACAAGCUGUAUGUGUUUACGGUGGUGUUCCAAAAGAAGAGCAACGCAGGGCACUGAAGACUGCUGACAUUGUGGUUGCAACUCCUGGUCGUCUUAAUGAUCUUAUCAAUGAGGGAUGCGCGGAUCUGAGCAAGGCCAGAUACGUCGUCCUCGACGAAGCUGAUCGUAUGUUAGACAAAGGGUUUGAGGAAGAAAUCAGAAAGAUUAUCAAUACAACACCAUCCCUUGGAAAACGACAAACUCUCAUGUUCACAGCGACAUGGCCCGAAUCAGUUCGAUCACUAGCUGCCACAUUCAUGACGGCCCCUGUAAAGAUAACCAUCGGAGACAACCCUACUGGAGACCUCCGCGCAAAUACUCGUAUCGUGCAGAAAGUCGAAGUUGUCGAUCCAAGGAAUAAGGAAUACCGACUGAUGCAGCUUCUCAAGCAAUACCAAAGUGGUGCCCAGAAGGAUGACCGAAUCUUGGUCUUCUGUCUCUACAAGAAGGAAGCAACGCGGGUCGAGGGCUUCAUCCGCUCAAAAGGCUUCCGCGUCGCCGGUAUACAUGGCGAUCUCAGCCAGGAGCAGAGAACGAGGAGCUUGGAUGCCUUCAAGAAAGGAAAUACGCCUAUUCUUGUGGCUACAGAUGUGGCCGCCAGAGGUCUUGAUAUACCUGCAGUGAAGCUGGUGAUUAAUUGCACGUUCCCCCUGACUGUCGAGGAUUACGUUCACCGAAUCGGCCGGACUGGAAGAGCUGGGAAAGAUGGCCUAGCAAUUACAUUGUUCACGGAGCAUGACAAGGCCCAAUCCGGAGCUCUGAUUAAUGUCCUGAAGGCGGCGAACCAACCGGUUCCCGAUGAGUUGUUGAAGUUUGGCACUACAGUGAAGAAGAAGGAGCAUGGUGCAUAUGGCGCUUUCUUCAAAGAAGUUGAUACCACGAAGACGGCUCAGAAGAUCAAGUUUGAUUAGAUUACAUUAGAGUAUCUUUAACGCUAUCAUGUAUUAUCUCAUCCUCGGACUGAAUGAUAGCAUUCAAGAAGAUAUGCGCGCUCACUAAAGGCAAGGAUCAUCGCUAAAGCGCCCGCUACGGCUGCCCCCUUUAUGAUGUCGAGUAUGCCGCCUGUGAAUGACGAUUCCACCUGUGUUAGCACAGCAUAUGCGCCCACCCCUGCAGCGAUGGUCAUCGGUUUGGGGAAGACAGCCCCGAGUUCAAGCCGGGUACCGUGACGCCUCAUGUAGGAUGCAAUGAAUGCGGUGCUCCAGAU